GCGAAUAUGUUUGUGGAUAGUCAAUGUCGAUUGUGUUAUGAUAGAUCAAGCUUGUUUUGUACUUGGAGCAAGAAAACUAAUAGUUUUUUGGUGGAUAGGUCACGUCUAAAGAUUCGUAUUAAGUACAAGUGCACUUUGUGUCGUACCACUUGGAUAGCUUGUGGGAAUCAGAGUUCCUUUAGUUGUCUCAAAGGGCCAUUGAAAUAUAUGGCGUUGUUACUUGCAGGCUCUGCUAUUUUUUAUACUGGUUAUAUAAAAUAUUUCAAUAUAGGUUGGUGUUCGGAGUGGAAGACUGAUAUUCCCCAUAUCAACUAUUUAUCUGCUGGACGACAAGCACAAGGAGAGAACGGUUUUGAAAACAAUAAAAUUACUGGAAAGGGAGCCAAAAUAUUCUCAAAAGCAAAGAAACUUGCCGAACUUGAAGAGUUCUCAGCAGCCGAAAAGCUAUAUCAACAGCUGAUACAAGAAGAACCUACGUUUGCUCCAGCAUACAGCAAUUUGGCCAAUAUUCAGAUUAUCUUUGGUAAAUAUUCACAAGCUAUCACCAACUAUACUCGAGCAUUAGAACUAGCACCUUUAUCGAAUGAUACUUGGAUUGUUUAUCUCAAUCGAGCAAAUACUUGGAUUGCUUUGAGAGAUAUUGAAAAGGCAAUGGCAGACAUUGAACAAGCAGCCCAGUGGAAGCCUAAGGAUUCUUUGAUUCUUUCUACUCGAGCAUUGUUAUUCGCUUAUGAAGGAAAGUGGGAUGAAGCCUUUUUAGAAUUUCAAAAUGCUGUGGAGAGUAGACCAAAUGAAGUCCAACCUUUUUGGUUCAAUUAUGGAAUGCUAUUAUUCGAGAAAAGCAAAUCAUUUGAAGCUCGUUCCAUAAUAUAUCGAGUGGCACAAAAGUAUCCAAAAUUAUCAGAUAUUCAUGUUGUACUUGCUGGAAUAGAAUAUGCUGAAGGUAAUAUUCAAACAGCGGAAUCGCAGUGGAAACUAGUUGAACAUCCGAAGAUAUACACGCAUAUAUUUAUUGAAAGGGAAAAAAUAUGGCCUCCUAAAGUAAAGCAAGCUGUGGAAUCGUUUGUUGAGACCGUGAAAAAGAAUUGACUUUAAGUGAAAUAUCUCAAGUAAAUGAAUGUGAGAGAGAAAGAGAGAGAGAGAAAAAAAAGAGCUACAAGAGUGUACUUUUUCAAAGACCAAUUUUUAUACGGAAUUCCUCGUGAGAUUACUGAAUAGUUUAGGAAGACUUAGUGGUUCCUUUUCCUUGACGUUACGAAGACUAUUGGAAGCAAUCGCUUGUUGUUGAGACAGGUAAAUAAAAUACCAAUGGCAAUGCUUAGUAGAACAAAGAGAAAGAAUCUCGUGUUGCUUCCACUAAAAAAAGAUCACGUAUUCAAAAGAUAUUCCUUUUAUUGUCAUAGAAGUUUGGUUGGUACUCUUGUGUCGUUGAAUGAUAGAGUUUCUUGUUAGCUGUUGAAGGAUCUUUUGAUUGGUUGUUGAUGCAAGAAGGAACUUUAGACUUGGUGCAACAUUGGAAGCUGAGUAUUUUAUGUUAUGUUGCCAGAACAAUGGACGGACACACUCAUUGAAAGAAUCCCUGUUUUGAAGUGUGCAUAAUGUAGAGAAAUGUUUCUCGAGAGAUUAUUCUCUUCUGUGUCUAUGAACAAGUUGCUGACACGCCAAGUUUGACAGCAGUCGAGAAUUUCGGUACAUUAAUAGAAAGUGAUUUUCGUUACAAGUUUACAGUGUAUAAUUCAGAUAUUUCG